AUGACGCGAAAGGAGCAGGAGCAGAUAGAGGCAGCCAUACGGAAGAGCCUGCAGGACUCUCAAUCCUCACAGCCUUCAGGGAAGCCGCCUGGUUCUGCCAAAGCUCCUUCUCAGCAGGACCCGAGCUUUGGGGAAAAGGACGAUGUGAAGGAAACGCUUGUGAUGGAUACACCCAGCACAGGAGGAAAAUGGAAGCCUGCUGUGGCAGAUUGUAGGAAUUCAAAGGUGGUUUUGGACAGCGAUGAUGAUGAGAGCAGCGAUGAUGAGAGCAGCAGCGGUAAGGAAGAGGCUGGAGUAGAGUCAGAGUCAGACAGCGGCUCAGAGUUCUCAGAAGCAGAAUCUGCAUCAGACAGCGAUGAUGACGGAUCAGACGUGGCUGACUCCGAGGAGGAAGAAGACAUCAAGCCUGCAGUGAAAAGGCAAAAGAAGGCAAGCUCAGGAGCAGCUGCCCCGAAGAGCUCAGCAGCUGCGCAGAAGAAGGCUCCGGCAUCGGCAGCUGCCAAGAAGCCCGCGGCCAAGAAGGCAGCUGCCCAGAAGGCGGCAGCGUCAUGCCCCGCCGGCCCUGCCCCUAUCAGACGCGCGGCUGCUGCCCCUGCUGCCGCCUCUGCUGGCGCUGCCAAGAAAACACCUCCCAUUCGAGGGCCAGCAAAGCCGCUGCAGCCAUCGUCGGCAGCUAACAAGCAGCAAUCCGUUCAGGCUGCUGCGUCCCUGAAGACUGUCAAGGCUGCUGCACCUAAGGCAGCCAUCUCUGGGAUGGCGGGGGCCACAGGGCAGGCGGGAACGCCCCUGGGGACGACCACGCCGGUGCAGCCGCUGAAACGCGCGACGCCGGCGUCCGGCAAUUCGCUGUCGGGGAUACUGGCAUCGGGGCCGCAGUUCCGCGUGUCCGGGCUGCGCCGCGCUGGCGGCAUUAAGCUGCACAACGUAAAUUUCGCUUUCACCUGCAAGGCAUUCCUGCCUCUGCUGCUCCACAACCAAGUGGAUGUGGAGCUGAACCAGAAGGCAGGGGACCAGCCCAGGCUGAUGAGCCUCACCUCAACCGCUGCCUACCUGAAAGAUGCGCGGCAGCUGAGCAAGAUCACCGAGCUGCACAUGUUCAGCAGGUUCAAGCCUGCGCAACAGCCACAGGCUUCGCAUUUGGGCGCAUUAACACCUCUCCUUGGCCACAUGCACACCCUGCGCCUGCAUAAGGCGAAGGUUGAGCUGUGGCUCCUGGGCAACUGCAGCUUCGUUCCUCACCUUGAGGUCCUGGAUCUUACGGACUGCUCCAUGGAGACAGUGACGCGCAUGCGCAGCAACGGCGAGUGGGGCCUCCUGAGCAGCGGCUCAGAGAAGCUGCGGCAGCUGAUCCUGAGGGACGCACGCAUCACCGUGCAGGAGUGGAGGCCAGACGAAGCCUUCCAGAACAUCAACCUGCCCCAGUUGAGGGACCUGGACAUCACUGGGCUGGAGAGAGUCUUCCCAAGCUAUGCCCAGCAGCCGGGAGCCAUCAAACUCGUCAGCCCGGCCUUCUUCCGCGGCUGCCCCCGCCUCACCAUAGUGGCAUACAGCCAGGAGCCGGCUGCGGCGGAGGCAUCGCCGCUGGCCGGCUUCCCCGCUUUGUGCGCUGCCGACAUUCGCCUGGCACCUGCCGUCACAGCCGGGCCCCCAAAAUUUCCACCGCAGCUGACCAGCCUGACCCUGCGCGGAGUCCCAGGAAAUCACCUGGACGUUACAGCAGCUCUGCGCGAAGCUGCCGCAUGCAUCAGCGCCGGCAUGGAGUUGCAGCACCUCGGCUGCUCGCUGUUCAGAGUGUCUGUGGGCCCCAGCCUUCCAAUCGUUCUUCCAGGCGUGAAGUCAGUUCUCCUGGAGCCUUUGGACUCUUCCAACAAGCAGGCGCGUGUGUCAGACAGUCGGCUGCAGAAAUCGAUCAGUGGCGUGCUGAGCUGCACUCCGGACGUUGAGCAAUUAAAGCUUGGAGCCUGCCCUAGCCAGCUGCUUGUGCCGGCAUCUUGCGUGCGUCUCAGCAGCCUCAGCAUCCGCCGGUGCCCCUUGGGCCUGAAAGAGAUCUCCUGCGCAAGCCUGAGAAGCCUCAGCCUCUCGCACUCUUUCCUGCGCUGCGCAGUUGGGAGCAACCGUGAGCCCGACUCUCUGGAGGUGGACCUUAAUGGCUCCAUGAUGGACAGCCUGGAGAAUUUCACAGUCAGCUUGAGCAGCUACAGUGUGGGUGACACCUGCAAGUUCUCAGUGGCACCUGCGCCGGGCAGAGCGGUGUGCAAGGUGUUGGGGCAUCAGGGCGAUGCUGUGGGUGAGUGCUCGUUUGCCUUAUUGCCUGAGGAACAGUUUCUGGUGGAUAUAUACAAACUCCUCCCCAUGGAAGACAAGACGAAUUUCGCCUUCACCUGCAAGGCGUUCCUGCCACUGCUGCUCCUCAACCGCGUCGAUGUGAAGCUUGGCCACAAGCAGAGGCCACAAUGGGAUGCCAGGCUGUCGGGCCUCGCUGCAACCGCUUUCUGCUUGAAGGAUGCGCGAAAGCUUAGCAAGUUCCAAGAGCUGCGCAUCUUCAGCUCUGCCAAACAUGCGCAGCGGCCAGAAGUCCUGCAGUGGGCCGAGUUGAAGCAUCUUCUGGGUCACUUGCACAUCUUGCGCCUGCACAACGUGAAGUUUCAGCUGUGGCUCCUGGAGGACGUGGGCAUCGCACGACAGUUACAGGUCCUGGAUUGCACGGGGUCCACCCUGGAGACGAAGUAUAUUCGCAAUGAAGGCGAUUGGUGGCUCCUGAGCAGCGGCUCUCAGAACCUGAAGCAGCUGAUCCUGAGGGAUGCGCGCAUCUUGGUGCUCGACUACAUGCCAGACGCACCUUUCAACAAGGUCAAAUUGCCCCAGCUGAGGGACCUGGACAUCUCCGGCUUUGAGCGGGUUUUCGACAAAGAGUUCUCUGACGAUCCCGAGCCAGAGGGCGUCAUCAAGAUCGUCAGCCCGGCCUUCUUCCGCGGUUGCCCCCGCCUCACCACGGUGGCAUACAGUCAGGAAAACGCCACGGCGGAGGCAUCGCCGCUGGCCGGCUGCCCCGCUCUGCGCGCUGCCGACAUCCGCCUGGCACCUGCCGUGACGGCCGGGCCGCCUAAAUUUCCUCUGAAGCUGACCAGCCUGACACUGCGCGGAGCGGAGGGGAAACACCUGGACAUCACAGAAGCUCUGCGCGAAGCCGAUGCUGCCAUCGGCCGGGGCAUGGAUCUACAGCACCUCGGCUGCGCGCAUUACAAGCUCGCCGCAGACCUGGCCUAUGAUCUCGUGCUGCCCGGCGUGUCUGUUCUGCUGGAUCCUGUGGACGCGACAAACAAGCAGGCGCGAGUCUCAGACGGUCGGCUGCAGGCUCUGAUCGGAGGUGUGCUGAAGUGCACUCCAGAUGUUGAGCGGCUGGAGCUUGGAGCCUGCCCGAGCUGGCUGACUGUACCGGCAUCCUGCGCGCGCCUCAGCACCCUCUGUAUUCGCCGCUGCCCCCUGGGCCCCAAGGAGAUCUCCUGCGCCGGCCUGAAGGACUUGGCUGUUUCGCACUCUUUCAAGGACUGCGCAGUUGGAAGCAGCCGUGAGCUUGAAACCUUGGAGCUGAUUUUGGCGGGGUCGAUGAUGGAUUGCCUGGAGAGUUUCACCCUCGGGCUAACCGGCCACACCGUGGGAGACACCUGCAAGAUUUCAGUCGCCGCACCGUUUGGCAGGUCAGUGCACAGGGCGCUGCCACAUCAGACGGAUGUUGUAGGGAAGUGGGAGCUGUCAGUGGGAAUCCAGGGGCAGAAGGCUGCUGCAGUUGAGAACGUUUGCGACGAAUUUGUGUGCGCGCUGCGGAAGAGGAUCUUGCUGCAGGGGCGGCUGUACAUCUGCGAGCACUACAUCUGCUUCUACUCCCACCUCUUCGGCUACAUGAAGGAGAAGGUCAUCCCUCUCAAGGAGGUGACGAAUGUGCGCAAGCGGCGCCACUGUGGCUUCCCAAACUCCAUCGAGAUCAUCUGGCGCGGCGGCAAGCGCGAAUUCUUCACCUCUUUUCUGUCUCGCGACGACGCGUACCGCCUCGUCAUGAUGGCCUGGCACCAAAACAGCGGGUACGCGAAGCUGUUUGGAACGCUGUCGCCGCACGAGUCGGCGCGUCCGGUGGCGCUGCAAAAGGCGAGCGCUCUCAUCCGCUCCUCAAUCACCGGCCACUCCGCCGGCACCGCCUCCGCCGACCACAGCGACUCCGAAAAGGGUGCGACUGGUGCGCAGGGAAAGCGGAGCAGGCUGGGGCAGAUCAUAAACACGCUGGCGUCCGGGCACAUCGUCCCGAUCGGCACGCGCCGCAACAUCUUCCAGAACGGGGGGCACCGUGGGGGGGACCGGGAUGCAAACGAUGAUGUCAGCUCCCAGGGCAGCGCCAGCUCAUUCGCUGAGCGCAAGGCCGAGGUCUCCUGGACCCACCCUUCGGCCGCAGCUCUCAGCGUGGACGAUUCCGAGGCAUACUCGGCAGACAACAACGACAACGACAGCGAUAUCGCCAGCGAUGCUGACUCAGAGGCUGGGGGUGAUGAUGAAUUGGACUGGUCCCCCCAGCCUGGGCCGGCCCCCCCAGUCCCCCCCGACUGCCACGCUUUGUCCAAGGGUGUCCUCAAUGCCGAUGUGCGCGAGGUGUUCCACCGGCUGCUCGCUGACGAGCGCUUCUUCCGCUCGUUCCACGAGGGCCGGGACGACCGCGACGUCCGAGUGUCGCACUGGCGCCAGCACCCGGCAAUGGGACGAGUCCGCGAGCUAACAUUCGUCUCCCCCGUGAAAAUGCGCAUGGGCAUUUCCCCCUCCUCCGCGCACUGCCACCAGACUCAGCGCUAUCGGCUGUUCGAGGGGGGCGCACAUCUGGUUCUGGAGUCCAGCCAGACCAUGAAUGACAUCCCCUUUGGGGACCAUUUCACUGUAGAGAGCCGCUGGGACUUCUCGGCUCUGACGCCCGCGCCAGACGGCGCACCCCGCACCAAGGCGGUCAACCAUGUGAAGAUUCCCUUCAACAAGCACACAAUGUGGAAAAAGGCCAUCGAGAAGGGAACGCUCGACAGCUGCAGGGAGGCCCACGAAGACCUGCUGGUCAAGGCGCAAAAGCUGGUAGCAGCAGUGCCAGCAGUGCUGUCUACAAUUCGUAGCUCUUCCGGCCGCGUCCCAAACGGCGCUCCAAACGGUGCCCCUGCGACGCCGUUUGCGGCCGGCGCGGCGGCCGGGAUCCCCCCGCUGCACCCGGGGGAACCCAGUGGAGCUGCGGCGGCCGGCAAGGGGCCCCAGGGGUCGCGCGACGUGGAAGAGCUGCUAUCGCGCAUCCCCCCUGAGUACCGGCCGGACGUGGCGCGCAUGCUGCUCAAUUCCCAGGAGAAGGCUGCCGGCGGGUCUGGGGCCAUCACCCGCAUGCAAAGUGAGGCACUUGUGAGGGCAGCGACCAUGCCUGGCGCGCUGGGCAGCGGGGGCGUGCCCUCUCCCGGCAACGUAAAUUCAACCCACCCAUUGGCUGCUGCAUAUCACUGGCUGCGCGGCUGCUGCGAGCCGCGCUACCUGCUUAUGGGCUGCAUCCUGCUCGCCAUCCUGAUCCUCCAGAUCAUAAUCCUGGCCGGCGUCGGCCGCGGCGGGGGCAUGCGCAUGGCGUUGCUGGGGGUGGAGGCGCCAAAUCAGGCGCUGGCACAACGAGUGGAAGUCAUGCAGCUGGAGAUGGCAGCCCUCAUGCAGCGCAUGGAAUUACUCAAUGCUGAGCUGGCGGCCGCCGCACGCCAUCUGGCAAACCAGACCGCUGACGUGGCAUGA